CUUAAAUGUAUCUAACUAAAACAGCUUGAUUCUUUACACCGUGUUGACGUGCAAAAUGGCUGGCGAAGUUAUUGUAGAUGCUUUACCCUAUUAUGAUAAAGGUUACGAGGAACCUGGUGUGAGAGAUGCAGCACUUGCUCUUGUUGAAGAAGAAACCAGGCGAUACAGACCAACAAAAAAUUAUCUUGACAAUCUGCCACCUCCAAAUUACUCAGCUUUUGAAACAGAAAUAAUGAAGACUGAAAUUGAGCGUCUUCAAUCUCGAUUGCCAAUGGAGAUGUUAAGUAUGAAAAGAUAUGAAUUACCACAACCUCCAGCAGGUAAAAUGACAGAUAUAUCAGCAUGGAAUGAAUGUGUGGAAAAUUCUCAAGCACAAUUGGAGCAUCAGGCUCUACGAAUUUUGAAUCUAGAACUCAUGGCAGAACAUGGAUGCAAUGCCUGGAAAAAAUAUAAUACUCUCUUGGUUCAAAUUGUUGAACAAUGCCAGAAACAGCUUCAAGACAUAAAAAAACAAAUUCAAGAUAUUAAUUGGCAGCGGAAAAAUGAACAAACUGAAGCUGGAGGUAAACUAAAGGAUUUAGAAAGCCAGUGGGUAGGCCUCGUCAGUAAAAAUUAUGAAAUAGAAAGAGCUUGUGCAGAACUGGAGAAAGAAAUACUUGAGUCAGAGAAGAAGAAGAUGACCUUUUAACUAUUCUCCACUUCACAAUUCUCAGUACACAUGUGGUUGAAUCAAAGUGUGUAAAACAUCACUGUCAAUGCUUACAUGGAAUCUGCAUUAUAUCUGAAAAACCUCUGUAUAUUUGUUUCCAAUGUUCUUUUCUGAAUAAAUUUUUUAAGAAAAUCAA